AUGUCUUCAUCAAAUACUUCUGGACGUCCAGCUGGAUGUGUUACAAUUCCUGUACAAAUAAUCUCAUCACCAGAUUCAAAUUCAUAUUCAAGAUAUAGUACUUAUCAUCGUCCAAAUUAUACUGAAACUUCUUUUAAUGAUUUUUCAAAUUCACCACCAUAUACAAAACCAACAAUGAAUCCAUAUUCAACAAGUCGUUUUCAACGACGAAAUAGUCCAAUUCCUGCUUAUGAUCGUUUAAUACAAAAUUCUCUUUUUAAUGAACCAUGUUAUGAUCGACCUUCAUAUCAAGAACCACAAUAUUAUCAUUCUCAACAACGUAUAUAUGAACCAAGAUCUUUACAUACUAGUCGUUCAAGUGAAGAUCUUCUUUCAUCACCACCCACGGAUUCAACCCGUUCAAAUAAUCAAUCACGAAAUACAACAUAUUAUUCCCCUAUAUUUAAUAGUGGAUUUCAAUCUGAUUCAGAUUUUAUCGAACCUAAUAAAUACAAUACAAAUUCUAUUCGUCGAUCUUAUGAUGCACUUAAUGAUUCUCCAGAUGGCGAAAAAAAAUUUCCGAUAAAUCGACCAUAUCCAUCCGAGCAACAACAAUCUUAUUAUCGGCCAAGCUUUGUUAAUUCAAAUGAAUAUCGUGUACCAAUCAAUCAACAACAAACAAAUCCUACACAACGAAUAAUUAAUAAUUCACAUGAUCGUUCUCAUUCACCACUUUCUCAACGUGAUGAAUCACCUGGUCGUCAUCCACCUCCACCAACAUCUCAACAACAACAGCAAGAAUCUGAUUUUAAAAUGACCAAAGAUUCUACAAAUAAUUCAAAUUCAAAAUCUGAAACAACGGCGACAUCUUUGCCAACAAAUGAUCAACAAGUUCCAACGACUGAAACGAUACCUAUACGUGAUCCAAAUGUAAUUGCUUUAGAAAAGCUUGAACAAAUUAAACAAAAUUUAAUGGAUUUAAAUCAACAAGUUGAUGCAUUUAGUGGUUUAACACGUGAUGAUCGUAUUUAUAAAUUAUUAGAUGAACAAGCAUUAAAAAUGAUGAUGCGUUGUGAUGAAUUAAUAGAUGUUAGUGCUGAUAUAAAAGAAAAACGUAAAGAAAUGAUACAUAAUGUACAAACAGUACUUGCUAAACUUGAAUCAAAAGUCCCAAUAAAUCCAUCAAAUGAACAUAAUAGUAAUCAAAUGGAAACAACACUAGCCGUUUUUACUGAUCCAUCAUCAAAUACAAAUGAAUCACAAAAAGAAACAUUAACAUGA